UUGUUUAUCUUGUGUGAUUUAUGAUUAGUUAAUUGUGUGAAAAUGAAAACAAGUAAUUAUCACAAUUAAGCAAGAAAAUUGUUAAUGAGCUUUUAAUUGCUAUUGAUUAUAAAUUGAGAAUCACUCUCACAACUAUUGGAUUAAAACUAAUUGAGUUGAUUGUCUAAAUAAUCAUAACAUCCUUGAUUAGGUUAAUUGUUUAAAGGGAUUUAUGUAAUCAAAAUUAAUCAUCAUUAUUAUAACUCUUCACUAUUAAUAAUUACUAAAUCUUUUCAUUGAUCAACCAUUAGAAGAUCAAAUUUAAAAUGAUUUUCUUUGGGUAUAAAUUGUGCCGCUCUGUUAAUUGUUUACAAUUAAUUUUGAUUCUAUUUGAAACUUUGAUUGGUCAUGUUAAUUGUUACCUUAAAAUUGAUCACUCAAGCAUUUGGGUUCCUAUUUUUCAGUCCAGUACAGCGAGAGCUUUAUUCAUGGUUGAUGAUGAAUUUAAUUUCCUUCUGACUGAUCAUUCAUCAACGGUAAUCAAUCGAGACCCAGGAAUCGUUGGCCGACCUGAGGGAUUAGGUCAAGAUUUCGGCAUAGCCUACCCGAUCUGUUCUAAUUCGAGUGUCUGUGCUUUAUUCAAUAGAAAUCAUAGAUCAUCGGAAUUUUAUCGAAUAGAUAAGAGCGAGUUACGUGCGAUUGCAUUUUCGUCACAAUUUUACAACACUCGACAUUUACUGACAGGUCAAACUCGCACGGUUCCUACGAAUAUUUAUCCGCAGUUCAUGUCAACAUUUCAGGUCGUUCCUUUCGAUGGAACCUUUGCUCAUGAAGAGGGUUUCGUUCUUUUCCUCGAAUGGGAUCCAGUCAGUGUACGAUUAAUGGUCAAUCAGAUCGACUGGUCAAUAAGAUCGAUCAAUAAUAUUUUCAACUUUUUCCAUGGAGGUAAAACUUAUUGGAUUGGAUACCAAGAGGUUACCGAUCGAGAGCCGACUUAUACUUUCGGGGAAUUGAAUUUCUUGGGUGAAAAUUUACCUCGAUAUGUUUAUAAAGAACUUUAUUCCACUACUUUUAGAUCUAUUUAUGGUCAUAUUCGAAAUGUUCGAUUUGUUCAAUCGAAUCGAUUUGAUAAAAGUGAUCCAUUGUUUUCGAAAUUACUUUUGGUCCACUGUCGUAAAGAAAACGAGCAAGAUUCAAUAGUAUCGUUUUCUUUUCAUGAAAUGUUAAACGCUUACGCUGAGAUGAAUGGGGAAAAUUGUGAAACUACGGCUGAACUUUGGCCUGUUCUUCGAUACGAUGAAGGUCAUUCCUGUUUUUCGACAACUCGAACCAAUGCUUCAUUGGAAUUAAAAAAAUGGCCUUUCGAAGGUAUCGUUUUAGAAAAUAUUCUUUCACCAGAAUGGGGAAUACUGGUCGAUUUUGUUCCACUCUCAUUAGAAGCGUCCCCAGGCUAUAUUUUCUUAGUUCUAUCAACCGAUACAACUCGAUAUCGAUAUUCAAUUCAUCACAUGACCAGUUCCGGUUCGAUCAUUACCCAUCCAAGGUCAACGAUUUUCGAUUACGCUGAAGCUCCUUCCGAUCUAACGAAAAUCUUUUACUACGCUAACCCAAUUCCUCAGGUACUACUUACGAUCAACGGGUAUCAUUACAGCGAAGUACUUGUUUUAUGUCCAUUACUGCAAAGUUCUUGCCUCGACUGUAUUUCAACCAAAGUCCAUGAUAACGUAGCCUUAGCAUUUCAAAAAUUCUGUUCAUGGUAUCCAUCGGGAACUGGUGACGAUGGAGUUUGUUCAGACGAUAAUUCAUCGGCUCCAAUUUCAACACUUCCAAUAUUACCACCAAGUUUUUCUACCAACUAUUUAGCGAAUCCUUGUUUCCGUUUCUCGAUAGUGGAAACAACUUAUUCUGAUGAUGAAUUAACUUUUUCAAUUGAUUUUACUCUCAAUGGUUAUCAUUCAGAUCUACAAAAUAUAUUUCCAAUUACAAUCUAUCUCAUCAACUCUACGGUUGACUUUCAAUGUUCAGUUGAAAAGAUUGUCGAUUCCUCGAUUUCCAUCAUUUGUAAUGGUAUCACCAAAGGAGAGUAUCAAUUGGUUGUAACGGUCAAACGAAUAUCUUAUCCAUAUAUGAGCUUUUCCUCAUCACCCGAUCUGCUCUCGGUCAGUUCGAUCAUUAGUACGGAGGCUCCACUCGAAGCUAAAGCAGGAGCUUCGAUUUUCUUUAAAAUUAUCUUCCCUUUUCUUGCCAUGUUGAUCGCUCUUGUCGCGGCCGUCGGAAUAUUCACCGCCUCACAAAAGUCAAAGGAAUCUCAGAGUAGUCUGAAAUCGCAAGGUUCACAGAAUAAAAUUGCUUCCAUCAAAUCAUGGGCAAGUUUAAAAUCUCAAGCAAAAUCAGUUCCAUCAGUAAAGGCUCUCGGAUUGACCCCUAAGGGUUCCAAGGACCAAGGGCCAAAGAAGAGUCGUCCACCAUCUCCAGGGUCUCCUUCAUCUCAAUUCGAUAAUUUAAAGUCCAAGUCCGUUAUCGCUUCCACUUUCGCAUCCAAGGCAAACACUGGACAUAAAGGUUCACAUCAUAAAAGUAAAAAAUCAACCAAAACAUCACAAAAAGAUCCAAAUGUCAUGAAAAAAACGUCUCCCUUUAAAUGAUUGUCAUAUAAUCAAUAUUAUCAUUUCAUCAUCUUCCGAUUGAUUCACCAAAAAAUUGAAUUUCAUUCAAUAUUUUCACGAAUAAAAAAUUUCCUUUUAGACUUUGUCAAUAAUCUUAAG